AUGGAUGAACGUGAGUUCACCAGGCCGCCGAGUUGGCCUGCUCCGAAUCCGGAUACGGGUCCGAUGACGCUUACUAAUAGAAUGAUGCACUGGGGUCCAUUAUUUGCGUUAUUUCUUAUCUCUUAUAUCGGUAUUGUAACAACCUUUUUCAAUAUCCAAUGGCUGCCGUUAAACACGAUCCUCGGUUUUAUCAACCAAAUGAUUUUUCUUCAAUGGAAUUUUUUCACGAUUGGAAAUCUUCUUGCUGCUUCUUAUGUCGGCCCUGGAUAUGUUCCGAAGCGUUGGAAGCCACACCGAGAAAAAAUGGUUGAUCUGCUGCAAGCGUGUGUUCCAUGCGGUGGCUACAAGGUACCCAGAUCGCACCAUUGCUCGAAAUGCAACCGAUGCUGCAUGAAAAUGGACCAUCAUUGUCCUUGGAUCAAUAAUUGUGUCGGCCACCGAAAUCACGCGUAUUUCAUUCGAUUCCUUUCCGCGGCGGUUUGCGGCUGCAUCCAUGCUCUUAUCCUUGAUUCCUUCGCGUUAUAUUAUAUCAUAUUCGCAGGUUGGUUCAUGCAUUAUGGAAGUGGAAACGAGCCUAUUGUAAUUGCAACUCCACUCUCUUUUAUUCUCUUGAUUAUGGCAUUCGCGUUCGCCGCUGGAGUUGCGAUCGCUCUUUCCGUUCUUCUAUAUGUGCAAAUCAAAUAUGUCGUCAAGAACAAAAAUGGAAUCGAAGAAUAUAUCGACAACAAAGCGAUCAAUUUACGAAAUAAUUGCGAUGAAGAUGGUGAAGAGAUCGAGCCAUGGGUGUAUCCUUAUGAUCUCGGAUGGAAACAAAAUAUCGCAGAAGUUCUCGGAAAUGUUCAAAGCGGAAGAACGCUUGGAAACGGUACAUGGUGGCCAGUUAAAAGUGGAUGUGAUCAGUUCACAUUCACCAAAGAACAACUUCGUCAAAAACGCGCAAAAAUGGAACGUGCUCGUCAGCUGACAAUAACGAAAGAUUUUGAUGGAAAAUGCUGGACUAUCGCUAAAUAUGGAUUCAGUGUGUUCCGGAAGCAACCGUGUAUCGACUCGUCAUGUUUGAAGGUCUCCGCCGGCGAUAUUAUAAUCGCUACGCGCGGCAUUGGUGGUUGGGUGUACGGGCAUAAAUCGGAGGCGACGGGUGUGAAGGGAUGGGUGCCGAUCGAGUGCACCGAUCUAAAGAAACGAUCCGAAGAGGCAGCAGCGGCAUUACUCGAAGAAGAUGAUGAAGGAAAAGAUGAGGAGAAGAAGGAGCAAACCGUUGAGAAUGUGAAAAACAACAAAAAGGAACAAUAA